UACCCAAAUAUCACCUCAGUGGGACCACAGCCUCUGUUCCAAAAAAUACCCUUCACUUUCUCCAUCUUACCUAUUCCAUAGCCAACCAGGGAAACAGAAACUGAUUUUAAACACCUGAAUAGAACAAGUGGAUAGAAACACAAACUAGACUCGAACAACAGAGGAUACAAAAUACCACUCAACCACACAGUAGACACCGCAACAAAGACCGAAAGUUCAAGUCAUUCUCAUCACAGAAACAGUAGUAAAUCAGCCGGCAGGACGGACCACCAUGCUUUUAGCUUUCCAGGUCCUGGGUCUGUCUUUAGGGGUGAUUGGCUGGUGUCUGGAGAACAGCUGCACUAAUUCCCAUUCCUGGAGGGUACGCAGCCAUUCUGGGGCUGUCACAACCAGCAACUGGCAGUUCGAGGGCCUGUGGAUGACCUGCGCAGCCACGUCCCUGGGCUCUGUGCAGUGCCAGAGGUACAAGACUGUACUGGGGCUACCAGGCUACAUACAGGCAUGUCGAGCCCUGAUGAUCAUCGCUCUGCUCCUGGGUCUAGCGUCCAUCAUUGUGUCAGUGCUGGGGCUGAAAUGCACAAAGAUCGGCAGCACUUCUGAACAGGCCAAGGGCAAAAUCGCUCUGACAGGCGGAAGCAUGUUCAUCUUAUCAGGUCUUUCCACCUUGACUGCUGUGUCAUGGUACGCUGCGCGGGUGGUGCAGGAGUUCCAUGAUCCAUUCUUUGCAGGAGUAAGGUUUGAACUGGGUGCAGGUCUAUACAUGGGUUGGGGAGCUGCCUGUUUGGCCAUUCUAGGUGGGGUCAUGCUCUGCUGUUCCUGUAAGAGGGGUCCACCAGGACCAACCACAGGGGGAUAUUCAUACAACUACUCCAAAACAAGCGGUGGACAACAGAUCUACAGGGCAGCACCUGUGUCAGAGUCUGGGAGUUCAAAAGCUUAUGUUUAAAGCAGGUUAAAAUGUGUGUUCUUUUUCAAUCUAAUUGUUUGUUUGUCUGUUUCCAUUUGUUUCUUCACCGAAGUGUGAAUUUACUGGUUUGAAUGUGCCAUUAUAUAUUUUUGUUUGUUUUGUUUUUGUUGUCUUGAGUUGAGUCACUGUGAAUAUUAAUGCAAUGUUUAUUACUUUCAAACGUAUUGAAAUAAAAACAUUGUUCUGUUGA